AAAUCUGUUCUUUAAUAAUCCUACCCAUUUUCCUUUAAUGUUUCUUCCUAACAAAGAAUUAGUAUUCUUUUAAGGGAUGGUAAUGGGCAGCUGAUAAUACUUGCUUUUGAUCAGGGUCACAUGGGAGAUUAGAAGGAAUUUUUGGGGCCCCAUGGUGGCUCUCAGCAAUCCUGAGAAGGCCAGCAGCACAGGGAUGGCACAAUCUGGUUGAGGGAAGCCAAAGAAUGCUCAUGUAAAUUGGCCCACAGGGGACAGAAUUUUCAUGGUUGGUUUUCAGCAGGCCUUGCAAGCCUAGAAGAACUGUUCCCCUAUGUCAGAUGCUCCAUGCUGUAGAAAGCUGCUUCUGUUGAUUUUCUGCCUGUCAUGCAGCUGUGAAAGACACAGGGAAAUAAGGCUUGGUGCAUACAUACAAGAGAAUGACAUUGUAAGGGAGUGGAAGAAUGAACAACACCACUUCAGCCUGCAGGUGAUGAAUUCCAACUCUGCAUGUUCCAUCGCCAUGCACUAGAAAACUAGCAUGGUAGGGAGAAAACUUCUGCAUCUCUCUGGCUGCUCCGUGUUUGUUUCCUAUCAGCAUGGAGGUGUAGUGGAGCAUCUCACUGUGGUGUAGGGGUUAAGAGUGUCAUGGAAGUAUCUGGAAGACUCAGGUUCGAAUCUCCACACAUGCCAUGGAAGCUUGCUCGGUGGUCUUGGCCAGUCACACACUCUCAGCCAGCCGACUUCACAGGGUUGUUGCAAGGGUUAAAUGGAAGAAGAGAAUGAGGUAAGUCUCUUUGCCCCCCCCCCCAACCUGGGGGAGAAAGGUGGGGUAUAAGUGGAUUAAGUAAUUUGUAAGAAUCCAAAAUGCGAUUCUCCAGCAGCAGUCUAAGGCGGGAGGCGGCACAAUCCAUUUUCCUACCUCAAGUCUUUUGCCCCACCUCUCCAUUAGUUACUCUUCUAAACCAGAAUGGCAAGGUUGAUCCAAUCGGGGGCUGGCAGAAGGAAGGAGUGAAGCAUACCGGCCAUCCCCAUGGGGUGAUCCUGAACAGCCAGGACUGCUGAAAAUCCCGUUAUUUUUCCGCGAGCGACCUGAGCAUCCGUCGUCGACGGUGGCUGAAAAUGUAAUUGUAUCCGCGGCGCCGCGUUGAGUCGUAGCUUGUCUCUUUAAGAAAGUGUAGCACGGUAGCAGCAGAGGCAAGUCCUGCCGCCUAACUGAAUGCGCUGCACUGGAACCGGUCACUAGAAUAGCGAAGCCGUACGCGGCGCACGCAGACGCAGCCUCCCGACGUCCCCACUUCGCUGGCGAUUAACAUCCCGCGUGGAGGGAGAGCAGCAUUCGGGUGCCUACUGUCUGGCUCCCUGCUCUGGGAUGGUCGUUCCUGAGCGCUGAGUUCAGCUGCUGGGAAAAGCCUUCAGGAAAGUGACACCGCCGGAUAAGGUUAGUCAGUCCCAGGAAAGUCACCUUCUACUCCUCCUCCCCGCACUUCUGCUUAUCAUGAUUGUUAGAUAGCACUCUACACCACAAUGAUCAUGGCUCCGAGGAAAAGGAAUCGUCAUGCUUUGGGGUUUCUUUGCUGCUUUGGGGGCAGCGAUCUUCCUGAAAUUAACCUUAAGGAUAACAAUCCCUUGCAGUUCUUGGAAUUCUCUGUGCCAGUUCCACCUGCAGAAGAGCUCAAUGCAAGAUUCUCUGAGCUUGUGGAUGAAUUGGAUCUCACAGAUAAGAACAGAGAGGCGAUGUUUGCACUCCCUCCAGAGAAGAAAUGGCAGAUUUACUGCAGCAAGAAGAAGGAACAAGAGGAUCCUAAUAAACUUGCUACAAGCUGGCCAGACUAUUACAUAGACCGUAUCAAUUCCAUGGCUGCUAUGCAGACCCUGUAUGCUUUUGAUGAAGAAGAAAUGGAAAUGAGGAAUAAAAUAGUUGAAGACUUGAAGACAGCUCUUCGGACACAACCCAUGAGAUUUGUGACAAGGUUUAUUGAGCUGGAUGGCCUGACCUGCUUGUUGAACUUUCUCAAGAGUAUGGAUUAUGAGACCUCAGAGAGCCGCAUACACACAUCCGUUAUAGGAUGCAUCAAAGCUCUGAUGAACAACUCCCAGGGACGGGCACAUGUACUGGCCCAUCCAGAAAGCAUCAAUAUAAUCUCUCAGAGUUUACGGACUGAGAACAUCAAAACCAAGAUUGCUGUGUUGGAGAUCCUUGGGGCAGUUUGCUUAGUGCCAGGAGGUCACAAAAAAGUUCUGCAGGCUAUGCUUCACUACCAGGUCUAUGCAGCAGAGAGGACAAGAUUCCAGUCAUUGCUCAAUGAGCUAGAUAGAAGCAUGGGGCGCUAUCGAGAUGAGGUGAAUCUCAAAACUGCUAUCAUGUCUUUUAUUAAUGCUGUUUUGAAUGCUGGCACUGGUGAGGAAAAUUUGGAAUUCCGUUUGCAUUUACGAUAUGAAUUCCUAAUGUUGGGUAUCCAGCCCGUUAUUGACAAGCUAAGGGGACAUGAGAAUGCAACAUUAGACAGGCACUUAGAUUUCUUUGAGAUGGUCAGAAAUGAAGAUGACCUGGAACUUGCCAAAAGAUUUGAUGUGGUACACAUUGACACAAAAAGCGCCUCACAGAUGUUUGAGAUUAUCAAGAAGAAGUUGAAACACACAGAUGCUUAUCCAUAUUUGUUGUCUGUCCUUCAACACUGCUUGCAAAUGCCUUAUAAACGGAAUGGGGGAAAUUUUCAACAGUGGCAGCUGUUAGACAGGAUACUUCAGCAAAUUGUUCUUCAGGAUGAGCGAGGUGAUGAUCCAGAUAUAGCUGCUUUGGAGAACUUCAAUGUCAAGAACAUCAUUAAGAUGUUGGUAAAUGAGAAUGAAGUGAAGCAGUGGAGGGAUCAAGCUGAAAAAUUUCGGAAAGAACAUACUGAGCUGAUGAGCAGGCUAGAAAAGAAAGAAAGGGAGUGUGAUAUAAAGACUCAGGAAAAAGAUGAAAUGAUGAAGACAUUAAAUAAAAUGAAGGACAAGCUGCAGAAAGAAGCCUUGGAGCUACGCCAAACCCGGGACCAAAUGACUGACCUUGUAGCUCAACUCAGUGAAUUCUCGCAUGGUGGCAACAUUUCCUUCACAUCCUCUCCUCAACUGCCUCCAGGUGGCCCAUUUGCUCUUUCUUCAGAUAUACCAUCAUCAGAGAUUUUGCCUCCUCCUCCGCCGCCUCUUUCUUUCUCUAGUCCCCCUCCACCAGCUCCACCACCUCCUCCAGGAGGUCCCCCUCCUCCUCCUGGAGCUCCCCCAUUUUUCAACAUGGGGAUGCCUCCAGUUUCUACCACCGCGUUCAGCACCAGUGGAACAAGUCUGAAAAAAAAAUCAAUCCCACAGCCAUCUCAUCCACUGAAGUCCUUCAACUGGUCCAAGCUGAGUGAGGAGAAGAUAAAUGGCACAAUCUGGCAUGAAAUCGAUGAUUUAAGAGCUUUCAAGAUGUUGGAUCUGGAGGAUUUUGAAAAAAUGUUCUCUGCAUAUCAGAGACACCAGGACCUGCUAACUAACCCUUCCUCCUGUAAGCAGAAGGAAAUGGGAUCAACUGAAGACCUGUACCUGUCCAGUCGAAAAGUCAAAGAGCUUUCUGUGAUUGAUGGCCGGAGGGCCCAAAAUUGUGUCAUCUUGCUUUCUAAGUUGAAAUUAUCUAAUGAAGAAAUCCGACAGGCAAUCUUGAAAAUGGAUGAAGAAGAAGAUCUGGCUAAAGAUAUGCUUGAGCAGCUACUGAAGUUUGUUCCAGAGAAGAGUGAUAUUGACCUUCUCGAAGAACAUAAGCAUGAAAUUGACCGCAUGGCUCGGGCAGACCGUUUCCUUUAUGAAAUGAGCAGAAUUGAUCACUACCAGCAACGACUUCAAGCCUUGUUCUUUAAGAAGAAGUUUCCAGAGAGGCUUGCAGAAGCCAAGCCAAAAGUGGAAGCAAUUCUUCUGGCCUCCAAAGAGCUUAUCCGUAGCAAGCGCCUAAAGCAUCUUCUAGAGGUUGUUUUAGCCUUUGGCAAUUACAUGAACAAGGGCCAAAGAGGAAAUGCAUUUGGCUUUAAAGUCUCCAGCCUGAACAAAAUAGCUGACACCAAAUCUAGCAUAGAUAAGAACAUUACACUUCUGCACUACUUAAUUAUGAUCUUUGAGAAGAACUACAUAGAUAUUCUGGACAUACAGUCAGAACUGCAACAUCUUCCAGAAGCAGCGAAAGUCAACUUGGUGGAGCUGGAGAAGGAAGUUAAUAAUAUAAAGACUGGAUUGAAAGCUGUUGAAGCAGAGCUAGAUUACCAAAAGAGACGUAAGCGGGAAGCCGGUGAUAGGUUUGUUCCUGUUUUGAGUGACUUCAUCACUGUAGCCAGUUUUAGCUUUUCAGAGCUAGAAGACCUUUUGAAUGAUGCAAGGGAUAAGUAUGCCAAGGCGCUGAAGCACUUUGGAGAGAGUGAUGGUAGGAUGCAGCCAGAUGAAUUUUUUGGCAUCUUUGACACCUUCCUGCAGUCAUUCACAGAAGCCAAGCAAGAUCUGGAGAAUAUGAGGAAGAAGAAAGAAGAGGAGGAGCGCAGGGCACGCAUGGAAGCUAUGCUAAAGGAACAACGAGAGAAGGAGAGGCGACAAAAGAAAGCAAAGGGCAGCAGCAUCUCUGACGAAGGAGGAGGGGAGUUUGAUGAUCUUGUGUCCGCUCUGAGGUCAGGCGAGGUCUUUGACAAGGACUUAUCAAAGCUCAAGCGUAACCGCAAGCGUUCAGGAAACCAGAGUUUGGAGACAAGCCGGGAACGGGCUGUGACUAAGCUCAAUUAUUAAAGGAGAGCACAAGAGAAGGAUGGAAAAGCCAAGAGAACCAUGAAAGAAAGAAGAUCACAGCAAAGAGCCAGCAAGAUUAUGGAGACUGGCUAGUGUAUUUUUCCAGGCGAUGUGGCUAACCCAUGGCUUUGUUUAAUUUUCCAUGUCCUCUCAUUUUGCUGUCUUCCUUAGUCAACUAAUUGGAAAUGGUUCUAAAAGUGCCUCUGUAUAGUCCAAGGGAUUUGUCACAGUGAUGUUGUUUUUGAUGGAUACAUUUACCUUCUUGACACUUUCUGUGCAAAUUCAGUUAAGCCCUAAACUGUUGGGUCAUGGAAGCCAAAUGUGAAGAGGAUGGGAAGAACAUGAUUUACUCUGUGCCAAAGUAUAUUAAAAACCCACUCUCAGUCUUGCUGAGAAAUGCAAGUCAAUCUCAGGCUGGUUCUGAAACUCCAUACUCCUUAUUCAUAGUUUGGCUUGGCAUUCAGGAGUGAUGGAAUGGUUCUAGAGUACUACAGUUCCAUUCUUCCACUGGAUUUACAGAAGGCCAGUGAUCAGAACCUGAGAAAUGUUUUUGAUCUCAUGGAUCGUGAUGUUGUGACUUAUGAUAUGCAAAGCAAGUGCUAUUGUGUCAGAGGAAGUUGAUAUAACUGUUUAGCUCACAGUUAUACAAACUGUUUGCAAAACUCUUUUUUUCUGAACCAUUUGAGUCUUCAGGGAUAUAUUGAGUCUUCAGGGAUGUGCCAAGUUAUGAUAAAUUGAGAAAGAAUGAACCACAUAUUUUAAAACAAAAGUUUUGCCUUGGUGUUUAAGGAAGAGACACCACAGUUGGUCCAAGCCAGAUCUGUUGUCAUUGCUGAGCAAUGUGGUCCAUGAAUAAUCCCACAUGCAAAUCUGCAUGACUUGUAUUAGUGCAACAAAGUUGUUCAUUGAACAGGAAUUAAAUAGACAAAUGAAGCUGUUGGAUGGUUGAACGUGGUAGUCAUUUCUGGGUAGCCAUAACUUCACUGGGAUGAACUGGAGCUUUCAUUUAAUGGGCUGGCAAUCUCAAAAGCUCACAAUUCCUGGCAAGUGCUGCAUAACGUUAAUAAUGGUAAAUGCAGUUAUUGGUUGGUAGCCCUGGAACUGAAGGACUUCUUCAUUAGGUAUGGAGAGAUAAGGCUAAAAAGAAUAAAACAGAUGAAAGACCUAAAUGUGAUUCUUGAAAAGAACUCUGAAGAUCACAGAUAAUAAAUCCAGUAAUAAUUGAUUAUGCACACACACACACAUACACACAAAUCUAACGUGCACAGGAAAAACAGAGAAAGAGCCUUUGGUUUGGAUUUCCUUACUGUUUCAGUGAACUCUUAUGGUUAUGCAGCAGUAGAAGUGGACCCUGCAAGAUUUCCUGGCUCCUUUUUUAAUGUGAACAUUAGAUUAUCUUCCCUCCAGUGGCCAGAGGAAAAUGAGGGGAGAUAGGACUGGAUACGAGACACUUCAACCAUAUUCUAGCAAAAGACUGCACUUAAGAAAGAAGGAAACCCACGGGAUCCUGGAGAAUCCAACAGAGGCUCAAAUUGUCACUUUAAACUCCUGCUUUAGUUUGUCUCCAAAUGUUAUUUAAUUUCAGGCUUAACCUUGAGUCUGUAGAGUAGCAAAUUCCUGUAUCUCAAGCACUGUCCAAACAGUAUUCUAUGCAAACAGUAUUUAAAGACUGUAAGGGUGCGUGUAUUUUUGAUCAUACAACGUAACCAAAUACUCAGCUCUGGGGAUAAGCAAAAAAUAAUAAUCUGUCCAAACUGUAAUUUUUUUAUACUGUGUUUUGAGUUUCUCACCUCUAAAUCUUCCCACUCAUGACAUUCCACAACAGGACGUUUCUGCUUUAUAUAAUGGUGAUGAGCUGGACUGUACAUGGGCUGGGCACAUUGCUCUCCACUUCAUGACUUCUAUUCUUAAGAGACCUCAUUUGAAACACCUCAUUUAAAACCUCUGUUUGUAAACAGACAGGCACCUUUUAAAGGGUUUUUUAAAAGCUUUCUUUUAGAGAAAAAAAACUUUUCCAGAUUUUGAAGGUCUGUGCUUUUUGAGAUAUUUUUCCCUGGGUGGUUUUUUAAAGGAAAAAAGUGUAUUUUUAACUCUUUGCUGCUCUCAGCAGUAGAGAUGUGGUAUUUUGCUUCUACUUGUGUCAUGGACAUUGCAUUGAAGCAAUAUUUGCCAAGGCAAGGUUAAAAUUUGCUAGAACAUAAACUUUUGUGUUUUCUUCUGU